UGUCAAAAUUCAAAAUCAAAUUGACGUAAAUAAAUGCUAAUAGUUUCUGCAGUCCGGUAAAGUUUUGUUUUACGAAACGAAUUACUAAAUACUAAUUACAAAAUCACUUAUUAAAUAUCAAAUACAGUGAUUGCAGAUUAUUUUAACUUGAACAAGUCCAGUUAUGGCUCGUCGGUAUGAUACACGAACAACAAUAUUCUCUCCUGAGGGGAGAUUGUACCAAGUUGAAUAUGCCAUGGAAGCUAUCAGCCAUGCCGGCACAUCUCUCGGAAUCCUAGCAACAGAUGGAAUCUUGCUUGCUGCAGAGAGGAGAAACACUAACAAAUUACUUGAUGAGGUGUUCUUUUCGGAAAAAAUAUAUAAACUUAAUGAUGACAUGGUCUGUUCAGUUGCUGGUAUAACAUCUGAUGCUAAUGUCCUCACUAAUGAACUUCGUCUGAUAGCACAGAGAUAUCUUCUGCAAUAUGGAGAGUCCAUUCCUUGUGAACAACUUGUCUCAUGGCUUUGUGAUGUAAAGCAAGCAUACACUCAGUAUGGAGGUAAAAGGCCAUUUGGUGUAUCAAUUUUGUAUAUGGGAUGGGAUAAACAUUAUGGUUAUCAGCUUUAUCAAUCAGACCCAAGUGGUAAUUAUGGAGGGUGGAAAGCAACAUGCAUUGGAAAUAAUAGUGCUGCUGCUGUAUCAAGUCUGAAACAAGAGUAUAAGGAGAAUGAGACAACACUUGCGGGAGCACAAGCCCUCGCUAUUAAAGUUUUGAGCAAGACGCUUGAUAUGACUAAGCUCACACCUGAGAAAGUGGAAAUGGCAACCCUAACCCGUAAGGAUGACAAGACAAUCAUUCGAAUACUACCCAGUACAGAGGUCGAGAAACUUAUUGCAGACUUUGAAAAGAGCGAAGCUGAAGCUGAAGCAGCGAAGAAACUUCAACCUAAAUCUUAAUUUUUUUUAUUUUUCAUAUUAUAUGUAAAGGUGAAAUACAUUUUUUGCACAAA